AUGAGGCGGCGUUACGAGGACGACGGCAUCUCCGACGACGAGAUCGAAGGGAAGAGGACGUUUGACCUCGAGGAGAAGCUGUCCACCAACAAGUUUAACUCCACCUUCGUGGUCUUCAUGGAAGGCAAAGACUUCACAGUUGAAUACAUCCAGCGGGGCGGCCUGAGAGACCCUCUCAUCUUCAGGAGCUCGGAUGGCUUGGGGAUAAAGAUGCCAGACCCGGAUUUCAGCGUGAAUGAUGUGCGGCUGUGUGUCGGGAGCCGACGGAUGGUGGACGUCAUGGACGUGAACACGCAGAGGGACAUCGAGAUGUCCAUGGCGCAGUGGGCGCGCUACUACGAAACGCCGGAGGCCGAGCGGGAGAAACUUUACAAUGUCAUCAGCCUGGAGUUCAGCCACACCAAACUGGAGAACUUGGUGCAGAGACCCGCUACGGUGGAUUUGAUUGACUGGGUCGAUAACAUGUGGCCCAGACACCUGAAGGAGAGUCAGACAGAGUCUACGAACGCUAUCCUGGAGAUGCAGUACCCAAAGGUGCAGAAGUACUGCCUGAUGAGUGUCAAGGGCUGCUACACAGAUUUCCACGUGGACUUCGGUGGGACUUCGGUGUGGUACCACAUCCACCGAGGGGGAAAGAUCUUCUGGCUGAUCCCUCCUACGCCCCAGAACCUGGAGCUCUAUGAAAACUGGCUUCUCUCAGGGAAGCAGGGAGACAUUUUUCUUGGGGAUAGAGUGUCAGAGUGCCAGCGCAUCGAGCUCAAGCAGGGCUACACAUUUGUCAUCCCCUCAGGUUGGAUCCACGCUGUGUACACUCCCAUGGACACGCUGGUUUUCGGAGGCAACUUCUUACACAGCUUCAACAUCCCUAUGCAGCUCCGCAUCUACAGCAUCGAAGACCGCACGCGGGUGCCGAAUAAGUUCCGUUAUCCCUUCUAUUACGAGAUGUGUUGGUACGUGCUGGAGCGCUACGUCUACUGCAUCACCAGCCGCUCGCAUCUGACCAAGGACUUCCAGAAGGAAUCGCUCAGCAUGGAUAUGGAGCUGAGCUCCUCGGACUCCGUAAACAUGGAGGAGGAAGAGGAGGAGGAAGACGAUGAGGAUGCAGCAGGGAAGGAACCCCGGCGACCCGUCACGAGGCGAUCCAUUCUCACCAGCCCCAUAGCCAACGGUGCCAACGUGGACUAUGAUGAACUGGGCAGGAGCUGCCGGAGCAGCCUGCCGGCUCUGAAGAAGACCCCGUCUAUAGACUCUCACCUCACCCAGUUUGAGCUGGAGGGGCUCCGCUGCCUCGUGGACAAACUGGAGUCCCUCCCCCUGCACAAGAAGUGCGUUCCCACCGGCAUCGAGGACGAGGACGCCCUCAUCGCUGACGUCAAG